AUGGGUGUCGCUGCUGUUUUGGAUCCUAGGUACAAAACUGAUUUGCUUGAAUAUUAUUAUGCAAUCUUCUAUGGAAAUGAUGCUGAUCAUCAAGUUAAGUCAAUCCGACAAUUGUGUUAUGACUUGCUUUAUGAUUAUCAAUUGAGAAUGAACAAUGAUUCUAGUGGUGAUUCUCAAAUAUUGGAAGCUAAUGUUGGUAAUGUUGUCAGUGAUGGUUUGAAAAAAUUUGAUUUGUUUGUGAUUAAGAAAAAAAGAGCUAGAACUUCAUAUGUUAGAACAGAGUUGGAUGUUUAUUUGGAUGAGGAAGUUUUACCAAGAAGUCCAAAUUUUGAUAUUUUAUUGUGGUGGAAGUUGAAUGGUGUCAAGUAUCCAACACUUCAAGCAAUUGCAAGAGAUGUGUUGGCGAUUCCUGUUUCUACUGUAGCUUCUGAAUCUGCGUUCAGUACCAGCGGUUAUAUUGUAAGCCCUCAUCGAAGCCGACUUCAUUGGACCACUUUAGAGGCUUUGAUGUGUGCUAGAAGUUGGUUAUGGAGUGCUGAGAACUCGGGUAAUUUUAAUUCUAAUGUGGGAAAUGAAAAUGCUAUUUUACUCACUGAAAUGGAGUCUGAUGAUGAAGGUGAACCGACAGAACCAUUGAUAACUGACGUUACUUCUGUUGCAAUCUCCCGCCUUGAAGAUGAUGAUUUUUAUUAAACUUGGUUCAUUUGGAACUUUUUUCUGUUUUGAUGAUUUGAAAUACUUUGUUGUUUUGAAUAUGUAUUGGUUCCGAGCUAGAAUGAUAUUGAGAACGAACUUAAAAUGUUAUGAGCUCUUUGGAAGCUUUUGUCGUUUUGAAUAUGGAUUGGUUAUGAGUUGUAAUAAUAUUUAGACAAAAUUUGAAGA